AUGUCACGUGAAUGCAACCCCCGGGAUAUCAUAUACCCAGUUGCAGAAGCCAUGUACGGUUCACAAAUCAUCUUUGCAAUUUUUGCACUCGUGGUUCAAAAGUCUUCCCCCUUACCUAUAGAAAGAGGAGUGAAAUUGUGUUAUUUACCAUGUAGAGAAGUCCGUGUGAAUGCUAGUGAAAUUCGCGAAGUGUUUGUCAGUAAUUGUGGACUGACCAAAGUCACGAUCCUGGGAGAUCCGCGAACUGUCAAGGUCCGGGACUCUAGAGGACCAUGUGCAGAGGAAUUGACAUUGACAACAACAUCGUCUAGCACCACAGCAAAGUUGACAACAACGUCCUCUAGCACCACAGCAAAGUCGACAACAACAUCAUCUAGCACCACAUCCAUGUUGACAACAAUGCCCUCUAGCACCACAUCAGCGUCGACAACAACGCCCUCUAGCACCACAGCAAAGUCGACAACAACUCCCUCUAGCACCACAGCAAAGUCGACAACAACGCCCUCUAGCACCACAGCAAAGUCGACAACAGCAUCGUCUAGCAGCACAUCCAUGCUGACAACAAUGCCCUCUAGCACCACAUCAGCGUCGACAACAACGCCCUCUAGCACCACAGCAAAGUCGACAACAACGCCCUCUAGCACCACAGUGAAGUCGACAACAACGCCCUCUAGCACCACAGUGAAGUCGACAACAACGCCCUCUAGCAUCACAUCUCAUGAAUCAAAAUUUGAUGUCUUGAAGAGGUUGAUUAUCAACUUCAAAGAGGAUGACGGAGAGACGCUAUCAGAUAAAGCCUGGGGAUUUUUAGCAUGGGCCAUAGCCACUACUCUGGCUGUAGGAUUGAUUGUGCUAAAAAAAUGGCUUAAGCAUUUCCUACAAAAGCACUCUGAUACUCCUCCAAGCACUCAACCCUCCACCGAAACCCCUACAUGUACCAACCCUAACCACAGCCAAAUCCCUUUGAUUCAGCACACCCCUGAUUCACAGGCUACGACACCUUCACCGAUUUCAGAAUGCAGCAUUACAGUGGAACCAGUUGCCUCUAGAACCAGAAUGAAGUGUACAAGGGAGUUAAAAUUAUUCUAA